CGCGCAGCCAAGUGCGACUAUUCCCGGGGGGCAUGGGUGCGUGGAGGCAAGCAUUACCCGCGUUACACCACGCUGGACGGGCAGAACCGUGUCAAGUGCCCGUACGUACGGAGCGAGUACUCGUGCGAGCGUAACAACCGGCCGGACUGGCGUUACAAGCUGUUCAGGUGGCAGCCGUCCGGCUGCUCGAUGUCGUACUUCAGCGCCUCGGGUUUCAAGUACAUCAUGAAGAACAAGAAAAUGCUGCUGGUGGGCGACUCCAUGAUGUCCAACUUCCACGAGGCGCUGCUCUGCGCCAUCCACACGGGCGGCUUCCGCGGCCAGCCAUACACAGUGGACAUCCGCAUGUCGAACAGCAUCAAGGGCAUGCGCUUCCCAGCCUUCUCCUUCUCGCUCGAGUACUACAACUCGCCCUACAUCGUGCAGUCCAGGCGCCAGACCACCAACGGCGGCAGCAAGCGCGGCGGCCACGCAUUCGAGGUCAAUCUGGAUAAGAUGGAUCCGGGGCUGGAGUCUGUUCUUGGGGGGUACGACGUUGUGGUCUUUGCUUCCGGGGUCUGGUGGCUCCAGAACGUUCCGCGCCGCACGCAGCCCAACAUCUUCCUUGUGAACGGGCAGGAGCGAAAUCUUUCAAACAUUGCUGCCCACCAGUGGGGGCUCUCCACGGUGGCCAGUUACAUCAAGAACUCGAAUUUUCGCGGCGUGCCGAUGUUCCUCUCCUUCUCGCCAGCCCACUCGGGUGCGAGAGGCAAGCCGCAGAAAGGUGUGAUGCUGGGAAGAGGGAGCCAUGCGGACUGGCUCGGAGCCUGUGGCGCCUGGGGGCCAAUCUUCAGCACAAAAAAGUACUCGUAUUCGCUUGACACUGCAAACGAGUACAGGGAUGCGCAGAAGUCUACACUAUCUGGUACACCCAUUCGCUUUGUAGGGGUGACUGAUUUGAGUGCGAUCCGGCCGGACGGGCACUUAGGCCCAUGGCACGAGUGGAGGGAGAACAGAGGGAGCAAGUCGCCAGGAGGGCAGGGGGAGUCGCCAUUCAAGGGGGACUGCACCCACUGGUGCUUGCCUGGGGUUCCUGAUGCUUGGGUUGACAUGCUUUACACCCACCUGCUGCUGGAGCCGACUAUUUUCUGAAGGAGGUUUGGCUGCCAGUGCCGUUGUAAUCAGGGCCCUAGAUUGGUUUUGAGGCUUCCUGAUCCAUCAGGAUUC